UGUUCGUCGCCAUUGUAGGUGGAAGGAGGAGGAAGUACUACUGAGUACUAUUACGAAGAAAAUUAAGAUUUCUGAAAUUACGCAGACUUAAAUUAGGCUAGAGAAUUGGAUGAAAAGUUCAUUAUAUGAUAGAAGACUAAUUUACAACCAAAAUUUUGAGGGUAAUAUAUAAUGAAAUGUAAAAGAGAACUAUCAACGAAUUCUGAAAGAGAGGAAUGUGACAGGACACUAGGUUUAGAAGAUGGAAAGCAAGAGAGAUUGAUGAAGAAUAUUUUUUAAUCAUACAAGGCAAGAAGCAAUUCAGAAAAUUCACCUGUGUCUUUGAGACAACUUUUCUUUGAAAACAAAGUUCGCAGUCCACUGGUGGUACGAAAGGGCCCUUCAGGUGGUUCGAAUACUGGUCCAAAAUGCAAGUCACUGACGCGCAACGCCACGGCCGAGGUCAUGCGAGAGAACAGAACAGGUGGGAUAGGACCGUUACUCCCAGUCAAGAUGUCUGUUAUCAUAAGACUACAGAAUCUUCCAUGGUCUGCCAAUUCUUUGGAUAUCCGUCGUUUUUUUAAUGGUUUAUCCAUCCCUGAAGGUGGCGUGCAUAUUGUUGGUGGCGAAAAAGGAGAUGCUUUCAUUGCAUUCAGUACUGAUGAGGAUGCUAGACAAGCUAUGGAGAGAGACGGUGGAAGAAUAAGAGAGAUUAAAGUAAAGUUGCUUUUGAGCAGCAGGACUGAAAUGCAACGGGUUAUUGAACAAGCUCGAAAUCAGAGUUUAGGAAUUCAGCCAACUGUGCCUCAAACACAACCAAAAGGAUCAUCAAAAGAAAAAGACAAUGAACGUAAACAUACUCCUGAUAGAGCCAAAAGCCCUGACAGACGACGUGAUAAGGAGCGAUCCCCAAAAGAUAAAGAGAGAAGUAGAAGGUCAGGCCGAAGUCACAGAAGUAGAAGUCGCAGUCCUCGACGUUCAAGAGAUAGGGAGAGGGACAGAGAUCAAGACAGAAGAAAUGAACGACAGAGAAGAGAUGAAAAAUCCAGUGAUAGAUUAAAGCCACCAGAUCAAGCUUCACAACCUAAAGACAAUGAUAUUAGGGCUAGGAAUACUGGUUUAAGUAGGGAACAGCGUGAACCUGCCUUUACUCCUGGAGGUGUGCCCAAUGGAGGAAUGGGAAUUUCUCCACAAGCUAGAGGAAUACUAUUUGAAGAACCGACAUUAAUGUUAGAAAAUGACCAUGUGCACUCAGGUCACCCACCCUUUCCACCAAACUAUGAUCAAGCAGGACAAAUUAGCCAUUGGGGGCAAAGUUUUCCACCUGAAGACACCAGAGACCAGUGGAGAGAAGAAAGGCAAGGACUCUUAGUGCCGCCUGGACAAUUUGGUGGUAGACCUGACCCAAGAGGAGCUCCCUUAGCCCCACAUGAAAAAGGUUACCAUGUUUCUGGAACUCCAUAUAGAGGAAGAUAUCUAGGUAAUGAAGUUGUUCCAGAAAGACAUGGUGUUUCAUUCCCAGACCGAAGAAUUACUCAUGACGAAAACAGAAGAAGUGGAUUUGAUGAACAGAGAGGAAGGGGAAUAGAACCAUUGGACAGAAACCCAUCUCAUACUGGACCAAGUUAUGAAGAUCAUGGGACAGAACAAAUGGAAAAUUUUGUGGAAAAUUUACCACAUAGGUUUGCUGGGCAUCCACCACAUGAUGAUUAUGAUGGUAGAGGUUAUCCCCCUACUUCAAUGUCUGGAGACCCCCGUGGACGGGGAGCACCACCCGGACCUAGAAAUCCUGUAGUACGAGGUCAAGACCCUAGAGCUUUUAGACCAGUCAAAGAUAGGCCAGUGCCACAUGGCCCUGAUGGUAGACCACCAUUGUUGACUGGGCGAGGUCAUCACCCAGGAGGCCCAUUUGAAUCAGAAUAUGAAUCAUAUAGUGAAUUACCACCACGUGGACCCCCAGGUCCCUGUGUUGAAAUUCGUGGAUUACCACGUGAUGUCCGACCUGUUGAUGUACAUGAAUUACUAAGAGGUAUCCACAUUCCUUCAAAUGCUAUUAAACUAACAUAUGAUGGACAUGGCGUACCAACUGGUUAUGCCUAUGUAAGAUUUGCUAAACCCCAAGAUGUUGUUGAAGCUUUGAAACGAACUGGUCAGAUGAUUGGAGAUAGCUAUAUAGAAAUUGUUAAUUGUCCAGAAAGAAUGUUUGCUGAAGCAGAUUCUUAUCCUAACCCACCUUCCUCAGGAAGAAAACCUCCCCCAUCUGCAUCCUUUAUGGGACAUCAUCCACCCCGAGAGGAUGACCUGUGUAUAUAUUUGCGUGGUUUACCUUAUCAUUGUUGUGAUGAAGAUAUUAUAAACUUUUUUGAUGGGCUACGGAUUUUAGAUAUUUUCAUUGAGUAUGAUAGAAAUGGACGAGCAGUUGGUACUGGAUUCGUGGAAUUUGGUACAUCAGAAGACUUUCAAGCUGCUUUAGCAAUGGAUAGAAAAAUGAUUGGCCACAGGUAUAUUGAACUUUCAGUCGCAAGUAAGUCCAUGAUGAAUGAAGCAAAAGGAGGAGAAGAACCAGGGCCACGUCCAUCUGGUUGGAUGGGGACACGAAAGGAACUUCUUCCCCCACCAGCUGAACAAAAAGGACCAUCAUGUGUAGCCUUACAUGGUCUUCCAGUAGAAAUUUCAGAUCAGGAAGUUGCAGAUUUUUUUGCUGAAGUAGGUAUCAUACCUCGAGCAAUUCAUAUCAUGUUGGGGCCUAAUGGGCUACCUUCAGGAGAUGCUUUUGCCGAAUUUGCCUCUAAUGAUGAAGUUGUCUUAGCACUUAAAAAAAAUCAGCAGUACCUGGGUCUGAAAGUGGUUGCUGUUAAACCUAUAACUUAUCAGGAAAUGAUUGAUGUUCUUGAAGGUCCACCAUCUGAACAAGAUGCACUUUUACAACCUCCAGAUCCCUCGUUGUCUCAAAGAAAUUCGGGAAAGCCAUUGAUGAAUACUCCUCCAGAAAAAGGAAGAUAUUUAAUGGAACCACCAACAGGAAGAGGAAGAGGAAAACCUCUGUUAGAAUCAGCUGGUAGAGGUAAGUCAGCUGGAGAACCAAUGGCAAGAGGCCGUGGUAGACCAUUAUUGGAGGCUGGGGGCAUGGGAAGAGGCCAGUCACCUAUCCAUGAAGAUCAUAUUCAGUCAGAUAACCAUGAUACUCAUCCUCAUGGACUUCCUGGUCGUCGUGGACCAAUGGGGCUAGAUCGUUGGGCUGGUCCACCAGAAGGGCCUCCUAUGGGAAGAGGGCAUCGUGGAUAUCCUCCAGAGAGGCCAUUGCCACAUGAUCGGUAUCCAUCUGGAAUAGAUGGCUCAGGGGGACCAAGGUUCCAUGGUCCUCGACCUGAAGAAGGGAAUGGAUUAUCUGAUCAUUAUCGUUCUCUUGGUCCCCGAGGCCCACCAGGAGGUCCAAUGGGUUCAAGUAACAGAGGCCAUCCAGAUGGUCCAUUGCGAACAGGUAACAGAGGGCCUGCAGAUGUUCUAAUGGGGCCAGAUAGCAGAAAACCUUUAGAUGGCCCAAUGGGACCACGAAGAGGACCCCCUGAAGGUCCAAUGGGCCCAGGUAAAAUAGGACCACCAGAAAGUCAAUUAGGACUUAGCUCUAGAGGAUCUUCCAAUCGUGUAACAGGACCUGGUAAUAGAGGACCAGAAGGUUCAGUUGGUCUUGAUAAAGGACCUUCAGAAGGAAUAACUGGACAUGGCGCUAAAGAUUCAUUGGAUAAACCAGGAGGGCCUGAUGAUAGAGGACCACAGGAAAACCCAGUAGGUCCUAAACGAAGGGGGACUUCAGGAGAAUCACAAACAGGACAAGGUCAUUCAGGUGUACCAGAAAGCCAUAUGGAAAGAACAAAUCCAGAUCCUCGAGGACCUCCAUUGGGAUCAAGAGGUCCACCACAGUCUGCAUAUCCACGGGGACCUAUGAUGGAAAGGCCAAGAGGACUACGCCCACCAAGACCUCUUGAUCCAGGUCCUAAAGGAUUUGGAAAACCAGGUUGUGUUAUUGCAGCAAGUAACGUACCGUAUCGUGCUACAGUUGAGGACUUAUUAAGCUUCUUUGAAGGUUAUGAGUUGACAAAAAAUAGUGUCAUUAGAAGAUUUAAUGAAACUGGUCAACCAACAGGGGAUGCACGAAUUGCUCUUAAAUCUCCAGAGGAUGCCCUGAAGGCUGUUAAGGAAUUAAAUGGAAAAGAAAUAGCUGGGCGACCAGUGACGUUGCAAAUGGUUUAACACUGGCUUAAUCAAAGAUUGGACUAAACUGAAAAUGUGUUUGUACUUUAAAUACAUUGCGAAAUCUAAAACUGUUUUUGUAGAUGAUGAUAUCCUGUCAUUUAAUUGCUGCUAAGAUACGAUUUCUCAAAUAAUUUCUUUUUAAUAUACAGUGUCCUGAUUUUGUCUUAAUGUUUGAGUACAGUGUGUGCCUUUUCGUAGUUUUUAUUGCAGACUGGUCUCAAUGGUGCAUUUGGAUUCUUAUGAGUCCUAUAUAAAAACAUUUUCCCCCUGUUUAGCAUAGUUCAAACUUUUGAAUAAUUUUAUUUCACACAUAACUUAAGUUGAAAACGACACGUGUCAAACCAACUUGUCGAACUUCCAAUUUUAUGGGAAUGUUCGUUAUCGUAUUCACUGUUAUGAUAACAUUCAUACAUGCAAAUCUCUAAAUUUUAAUUCUCUUGAAACUAAUAAUUUUCAAAAUUACGAAAAAUUACUUGUUUGUGAAAUCAUAAUCCUUUUUAUCUUAUCCCUAAAAUGAAAUAAACGAAUGUAAUGUAAUAUAUUCUGAUUAGCAUCAAAUCUACGACAACUUAUUUAUUAAAAACAAGUUUAUUUUGAAAAGUUUAACAACUAAGAUUUUGAUGUUUACCUAGUCUCAAUAUUUGUUUAUCAUUUAAAGAUAACAUUUGCGUUGUUAUACCACAAAUAUUUGUUCUUCGUUUUUAAAAAAAAAAUACUUUCAUAUUUGUUGAAAAUAUAAUACUUAUUAACCUUCGUUGAAGUUACAUUUAUAUUAUUUUGGAUAAGAGAAAAUGUGUAUGACUACUAUGGUAUGCCAUUUUUUUCAUUGUUUUUAAUAAGUCAGGUCAUUGUAGCUUAAUUGUACCAUUUUUCCUUUCUGUUUAGUAAAUGGUGACACAUUAUGUAAAAUACGAAAGCCGUCAUGUUCCUGUAUUGUAAUUUUUCAUAAAAGUUUUUGUGACAAUGUAUGGUUACUCCUUGUUGAAUAAACCAUAUUCGUUUUUAA